CGGGCAUACAACAAAAAAAUGAAGCGCGCAUAAAAAAAAAGAAAAUUUAAAGCUUCGCCCCUCCUCACCACUCCUACUGUAUGGAUAUGAAAAAGAAACAAUGGGCCAACAUCAAUCCAAAUCCAAAGAAGCAACAGUGAAAAACAACAGCAAUAUUACAGAGAGCCGACCAUCCUCCGGUAUUGGCGAAAACACGAGCACAUUGUCGUUUGGCAAACACAGUACCACCGAAUGCUCAUCCUUGGGCGACCGGUCCAACGCGACACUGUUACAAUUCAAACGCAAACUGAAACGCAUUGAACUUUAUUCCCUUCAUCAAGUUUUUGACGAGCUGAAAACAGAAUACCCUGACCAUUUUGAAUGCAUUGAAGCUAAAAAGUUUUUGGAACACUUGAACCUGCCACGUUCAGUUGAACAAGGAGGCAUUCUGUUGUUCAAAUCAUUCUCAUACCUCGGUUCAUAUCCAAACUGUUCGUCCGCGGUGCCUCUGACGUUUGAGGCGUUUCUUACAGCAUUUGUGCUGCUUACGGGCAAGAUGGAUGACAGUGACAAUCUCGACGCCUCGCUCUUUGAAGACAUGUUUUUUGAAUCACUGGCCGUUGUUCAUUCAAAAGCAAGCAACAAACCCGCUAGUCCAACAGAAACAGAACAGGAACAACCCAACACACUACCGGUGCCGCAGCAUGAAAAAGAAGAGGAGAAAAGAACAAAGGGGCUAUCACUUGCUGAUCUAGGCGUCAGUUUUGACGAUUUGGAUUUUGGCCAACAGGACGCCGAAAGGAAAAGCACAGCCGACGACGACGACAACGAUGACGACGAUGACGAUGAUUCAGCCAUGAUGCUCUGUCGUGACCUUGUCGAGUUAUUUACGUUGAUGCUGUAUAUUGUUCAAAUGGAAAAGCAAGAACAAACCAAGAUGGGUAGUGGAGAUGAUAAAAGUGUGGAGACACUGAGACGGAUGGCACGCGCGAUGGUGGAUAGUAUGCAGCCGACCAGCGACACCAGCAGCAGCAAUAAUGAUGGCAGCGACAGCAACCAAGAUCAAGUAUCGCAACGGCAUUUCUUUGCAUGGAAACGACGUAAUGCACCUUACCUGUUCAAAACGAUCCAAUCCUUCAUCUAUGGCAAAUUUGCCUUGAGCGGCCAAACGUCGCUGACGACUGUAUCGGACCUGAUUCUUCCAGAAGACAGUGUAUCCACACCAGAUACAUCUGACAUCUUGACGCUACCUUAUUGCGCACUGUUGUGCUGGUGUUUGCCAGAGAUUGCGCGUCGUGUCAAGAUGUGGCCGCGUCUCUAUUCGGCCAACCAAGACGGGUUUGCGAUGAACCGAUUCGAACGCAACGUGUUUCGCUAUCCGGGUCCCACACUGAUGGUGAUCCAAGGCGAGGAAUUGCACACAAACAAAUCGAUUCUGAUUGGCGCUUACAUUUCCGAAGCAUGGAAGCAGUCGUCGCGGCACUAUUGGGGAAACGACGCAUGUUUUGUGUUUGAACUGUGGCCGACGUUCCAAGUGUAUCGCUCAACAAAACGCAACAACCAAUAUAUUUACUAUCACGACGACUUUGGCAUUGCUAUGGGUGGCACUUCUAAAUCAUCUGCUCCUCCGGUCUCCUCCUCGUCAUCAAUGCUCAACAAAAGACAUCCGUCGUCUUCUUCUGUUAACUUUUUGUUGCAAUUGGAUAAUACCCUUCAACAAGGCGUCUAUGCUCAGGAACAAUACCCAUCUUUACCCACAUUUGAAAACUCAGCCUGUACCCGUCAAAAGUCCGGAUUCAAUGUCAAGUUUGAAACGAUUGAUAUCGAGGUGUUUGGUAUGGGCAGCGAAAAGGCACGAAAGGUCCAGGAACGUGAAUGGGAGUUUGAGAAGCGGGAAGCGGUACGACGUGCCGGCUUACAAUUUCGACAAGCAGAUGGAAACCAAGUGGACCGCGAACUUUUGCGGAUGGCAGGCAUUAUUGAUGACGACAAUCGUCAGGAACGAUAAUGCAAAAUUUCUUUCGUUGUUGUGUGUAAUAAAAGACCUAUCAUCAUCAUCAUCAUCAUCCGUACUCAUGCUCUGUCGUUGAUCCACAUG